UCCAAUGCAAAAUUGCUAUUGAAAUGUUUUUGUUUGUACAUUACUAAUGAACUUGAAAGUGUUUGAAGAAAACCUUGUGAUUAAAAAAUUGUACCCUUUUAGUAGUUUUACGAAAUAUUGAUUUCAAGUGAAAUUAUUGUGAGAUAUAUAUUUAUUGUGUAUGAAGCCAAAACAAGGAUGUGAAAAGUGAUUGUCGUCGACCUUAAUGGACCAGCAAUAAAUAUCACAAUAAUAAAUAACAGGCCAAAACGUGUAUCUUGAUUAACUAGUAACUUGUGUGUUCAAGCCAUAUUUUUCUUAAACAAUUGUCAAAUACUUUCGUCUAAAAUACAGUGUCUUAAAUCUUGAACCACAUAGGGAGUAGGUCAGUUCGCCUCAAAACCAACACGCCGCCUAACAACUCUCCCCAGCGGUUGUUCAACUCACCCCACUGUUUAGUCAACUCAUAUCAUUAUCAUUUUAUUAAUUAAUAUACCAAUAUUUUAAGCAAUAAUGUGCAUUAAAUAUUGUUGAAUAUGCACACCAGUCAAGAGUCCAGAAGCCUUGCCUGAUUAUUCUUUUAUGGAAAUGAGGGACAAACUCAAAAAUGUCAAAAUAGGCUUGACAGUUCAUUGUUUGUUUAUUCGAUGUUAGGAUCUCACUUAUAUAAAACCAUUUAAUAAGUGGUCGUAAUAGCAGAGUUUCACUGUAUUAAUAAAUAAAAUGACACCAAAAUUGUAAAAAUCCAUUUUUAAUUUUGUCACAAUUAUUUACGGACAGUAAAGUUUGGGGCGAGUUGUCCAAGCACUGGGGCAAGUUGGUAGGGGGCGAGUUGACCAGCAUUCACCACAUACUUUUAUAGUCUGUCCCACGGGGAAUGCUUAUUUUCAUGCUAUGGAAUUUGCUACACGUUGUUUAUUUCUGAGCUGAUUGUUUUCUGAAUUGGACACAAAAAUGGUACUUUUUAGAAAAAACACUUACUUUUGUUCUUAUGUCAGACAAAACUGAAAUUAUUUACAAAAAACAUUUUUGGAUGGUACAUAAUAUAGGUUGAUAAUUCUCUGACUAAUCAUGAGGCAUGUUCAGACUGGUUUUUGCACCUAAUGUUUGAUGAAUCUAAAGUGAUAGAAGAUGAUGGUACCAGUCAAAUAUGGUUCCAAGUGUUUGGUGCUCGACCCACUAUUGACAUUCCUAUCCAAAAAAGCCUUAUUCAUGUGGUGUGUGAUGCUUACCAGGCUGCGAAUUCAGUAGGAUACCAUGCUUCUGCAAAUCCCAGAUUUUAGGUCUGAAGUGUAAGAUUAUGAGAUGGAAUCCUCAGAUAUCUAUAUUAAAUCAUGUUUGUGAUUUUGGCAGAAUCCUAAAAAAAUAAAAUAUCCCUAAAUUCAGUGUUUGUUUACAUUAGAUGAUACUAAUGCUUAACCUAUUUACAGGAUGUUAUGAUGUCAAGACUACUGUGCCUGAUGUCUCGAUCUGCACUGAGGAGUGGUACUACCAAACUCAGGCAUGCUUCUUUGUCUACGACAUCUGCUGUUCAGAAUGACAACAAGAUCAAGGCUGUUAUUUUUGACAUGGGUGGAGUUAUAAUACCAUCACCUGCAGCUCAGUUCCAUCAUUUUGAAGCUUCUAAGAACUUACCUCAAGGUUUUGUAGUGAAUCUGAUUGUAUCUGGUGGAGAAAAAGGGGCCUGGGGCAAACUGGAGAGCGGGAAAUUGACUCUACCAGAAUUUGCUUCUGAAUUUAGUGCCGAGUGCUCUGCAAAGAUUGGUUAUGAUGUUGAUAUGUCUGAAUUCAUCUUGGACCUGUCCGCACCAACAUUGCGCCCAUAUGAUCAGGUCGUAGAUGUCAUAAAACGUGUCAGAGCCAGUGGGUUUAAAACUGCCCUGCUAACCAACAACUGGUUUGUCAAUAAUGAAGAGACCCUACUGCCAGUGGAAAAGUCAAUUUUUGAUGUGGUAGUCGAAUCCUGUGUGGAGGGUGUAAGAAAACCAAAUCCGAGGAUAUAUGAAAUAUGUCUGGACAGACUCAAGGUGACCCCAUCAGAGUCCAUUUUUCUUGAUGAUAUUGGACGGAAUUUGAAAACGGCCACCAGUUUGGGAAUGAAAACAAUUAAGGUUACAUCUGCUGACCAGAUGAUAAAAGAUCUGGAACUGGAACUUGGAAUCAGUUUACGUGCUCUUGCAGACGACACUACCACUGUUCCAAAACGCUUGGCUCUUCCAGUGGAUAAACUGACUGAAUACUUAAACUGGGAACUGAAUUUACAUUCAUCAGAUCCACCCAUUGUUAGAUGUUUUGAACAUGGCCAGUCAAAUCCUACGUACCUCAUUGAAUAUGGAGGUAAAAAGAUUGUGCUCAGGAAAAAGCCUCCAGGCAAGCUGUUGCCUUCUGCUCACGCGGUUGACCGUGAGUACCGAGUGAUGAAGGCUGUGAUGGAGCACGGUGUUCCUGUCCCCAGGACUCUCGCAUUCUGUGACGAUGAAAGUGUUCUUGGAACUCCAUUCUACAUCAUGGAUUAUGUUCCUGGCAGAAUUUUCAAAAAUCACGCAUUGCCCGGACUUGAGCCAGCUGAGCGUUCUGCAAUAUACAGUACUAUGAUUGAUGUGCUCUGCAAAAUACACAGUGUUGACAUCGACGACGCAGGCCUGUCCACCUUCGGCAAACAAGGUAACUACAAUGAAAGGAAUUUUAGGAGAUGGGCAAAGCAGUAUGAAGCAAGCAAAGACCGGGAAAUAUUGUCAAUGAAUAAACUGAUGGAGUGGAUUCCACAACACCUUCCGUCCAAUGAACGAGUGUCACUAAUACAUGGCGAUUUCAGGUUAGACAACUUGAUCCUGAGUCCACACAGUGCGGAGGUGCUGGGAGUCUUGGACUGGGAGUUGUCUACCUUGGGAGAUCCUAUCAAUGACCUCACUACUGCUUGCAUAUCUUACUACAUGCCACCGGAUUUCCUACUGUUUCCAGGUUUUGGAGAUAUUGAUUUGAAAGCUCAUGGAAUUCCGACAGUUAAGGAGUUGAUUGAACGGUAUUGUGAACAAAUGAAAAUACCAUCACUUGAUAACUGGGACUUCUAUAUGGCAUUUGCCUUCUUCAGAAUUGGAGCUAUUUUACAAGGCGUCUACAAGCGUGCAAUGUCAGGACAGGGAGCUUCAUCCCAAUCCGAGAGUGUGGGCAAACUUGCUGAAGAAAUCGCUGAUAUAGGCUGGAGUGUUGCAUCUAAGAGUAGUCUGAAACCCACUCUUAAAACCACAGGAGCUGGUUCAAAUCCCGGGAACGGCAGUGGUGGUUCUCAUAGAAACUAUUCAACUAAUAGCAGGACAGUGAUGUCGUACAUAAGCAGACCCAUAUCCACGGAAUCACACAGUGCCAGAAUAGGUCAGAUGCCCGUGUCUGUGGAGGCCCUGUCCCCUCAGGUACAGGACAUUCAUCAUAGUGUUAAGAAAAUGAUCCAAGAGGAGAUAAUUCCACUGGAGGCUGAUUUGCAGAAACAGCAGACAUCAGAAGACAAGUGGCAGGUUCCCGCAAGGAUGGAAGAACUGAAGAAAAAAGCUAAAUCUCUUGGUUUGUGGAACUUGUUUCUUCCACUUGAGUCUGAUCCAGGGAAGAAAUAUGGCGCUGGGUUGACCAACACGGAGUACGCCUUCAUUUGUGAAGAGAUGGGAAAAUGUGUGAUUGCACCAGAGGUAUUCAACUGCAGUGCUCCUGACACUGGCAACAUGGAGGUGUUGGUUAAAUAUGGUAAUAAGGAGCAGAAGAAGAAAUGGCUGCUGCCUUUACUGGAGGGACAGAUUCGAUCUUGUUUUGGAAUGACCGAACCCAACGUAGCUUCAUCAGAUGCCACCAACAUCAAGACUUCGAUUCAGCGAGUGGGUGACCACUAUGUCAUCAAUGGACACAAAUGGUGGAUCUCAGGUGCUCUUGAUCCAAGAUGCAAGUUGUGUAUUGUGAUGGGUAAAACAAAAACUGAUGGUGAGAAACACAACCAACAGAGUAUGAUUCUCGUCCCGAUGGACUCGCCGGGAGUUAAAGUCAUCCGCUCUCUCAAGGUCUUUGGCUUUGACGACAGUCCAUCUGGACAUGGGGAAAUGCUGUUUGAAAAUGUCAAAGUACCUGUUUCUAACUUACUACUGGGUGAAGGUCGAGGUUUUGAAAUAGCUCAAGGACGGCUUGGUCCAGGAAGAAUACAUCACUGCAUGAGACUUAUAGGAUCUGCUGAGCGAGCAUUACAGUGCAUGGUGGAGAGGACACAGUCGCGUAUUGCAUUUGGCAAGCCACUUGCAGCCCAGGGUACAAUACAAGCUGAUAUAGCCCAGUCUCGUAUUGAGAUCGAGCAGACCCGACUGCUAGUGCUAAAAGCAGCUUACAUGAUGGAUGUCUAUGGCAAUAAGAUUGCUGCCCCUGAGAUUGCCAUGAUAAAGGUAGCGGCCCCCAACAUGGCGCAGCGAGUGAUUGACCGAGCUAUCCAGGCUCAUGGUGGAGCGGGACUGAGCGAGGACUUUCCUAUGGCAUCCAUGUUUGCCUGGGCCCGUGUCCUCCGGUUAGCAGACGGCCCUGAUGAAGUACACAGACGCGCCAUUGCAAGGAUGGAAUACGCCAAAUCAACAAUGUCGAAACUAUAAUUGUCUCUCUAUGCAAACAAACUUGGUUAAAUCAUUGAGUGUCUAAGCUACAUUGUUUUUCUAUGCAGACAAAUUUGAUAGUGAAAUAUUAUGAAGUUCACAGAUACAGCAUUACAAGGAUGAAAUUUUCCAAAUCAACAAUGUCAAAACUAUAAUUGUCUCUUUAAGGAAACAAACUUGGUUAAAUCAUUGAGUGUUUAAUCUACAAUUGUCUUUCUAUGCAGACAAAUUUGAUAGUGAAAUAUGAUGAAGUUCACAGAUACACCACUGCAAGGAUGGAAUAUGUCAACUCGGUGAUAGUUAACCUUAAUUAGUGCACUUGAUUUGAACUAUUUGAAAUACAUAGAUGCAUACACAAUGAUGAGGAUUGAGUGAACCAAAUCAAUGAUUUUUGACCUGUGAUUGUUUUUUCUAUGUAUCCUGUAUAAACUAUUAAAAAGUACCAUUGCUAGGAUGGAAUAUACCAGGAAAGCAGUAUUUAAAACCUUAAUUGUUAUUGGGUUUUCUUUCUCUUUUUUUUUUGCUUGCAGACAUUGAAUUGUAGUGGUUUUACAGAUCAUAGUGGUUUUGCAGUCUGCAAUUUUGGUUUCUGUAUAUUUACUAUGACAAAUUGGCUAUAAUCUUCAGCUGUGUCAAAGGUAUCAGGUCAUGUGAUCACCUCUGUUAUUAUCCACUGGUUCAAGAUAUUCAUGGAAAUAUAACCAGUAUGACACGUGUGUCAUAAUGAUUUCACAUGCACAUCAAAUGACGUCAUUUUGGAAAGCGACAUCAUAAUGUAAUGAGGCUUCUCUGGUCAUAGCUCUGUGUAAUCGCUUACCAAAAUGACAUUUCGUCGUCUCCUUCUAGUUACAUUUAAAAUGUUUUUAUAUGGUCCUUGUUAUUUGUUAAAAAAAAUAAAAAUAUUAUGAAUAAUGUGGAUAGUAAAGAAAUUAUUACAUUCGCAUGUGAAUC